AUGGACGAAUUCCUGCAGAUGCCGGCAGCAACACGUGAGGAGGCUGGAGGAUUCAAAAUGGCGACCGGUACCACUCCGCCUAACAAUCACCCUACCUCCACUCUGGAGGGAAUUGGGGAAGAGAUCCGCACAAUGGCGGCCUCAAUGGCCACAAAAGCAGACCUCCUGGUUCUCACCACCACAAUGCAGGACGCACUGCAGGCUGAAAUGGCCGGAAUCCGGACGGAGGUCACAUCACAAGGUAGUCGCCUGCAGGAACUAGAGUACUCCCAUGCGGCACAGACUACCAGACUGGCAACAACGGAUACAGCACUCACAAGGCAAGGUGACCUGCUCCUACAACUAAGGAGGUUGGUCGAGGACCUCGACAACCGCGGACGACGGAGCAAUAUAAGGGUCCGUGGAAUGCCAGAGACAGAUGGCGAGGAGGACAUAGAACAGUCCCUAACAGCCCUCUUCCGCUCGAUCGUGCCCGAGGAUGCACAGCUGGACAUAAGGUACGACAGGGCACACAGAGCAUUAUGGCCAGGGUCGCUUGAGGAAGGCCCAAGGGACAUAAUAUGCUGCAUACACUCCUUCUCAACUAAGGACGCCAUUAUGAAAGGGGCCAGAUCCCGACCCACAUGGGACUUCCGAGGGGCGCAAAUAUCACUAUUUAAUGACUUGUCCCCAGUAACCUUAGAAGCCAGAAGAGCCCUGCGACCCAUUACAACGCUAUUAAGAGAAAACAACAUCCCCUACAAAUGGGGGUUCCCAUUUGCCCUGCAGGCGAGACACCGAAACGGGUGGGCCUCACUCCGCUGGCCGGAGGAGGUACCCGGCUUCCUGGAGGAACUGGGCCUCCCACCUGUACAAAUACCUGAUUGGAUCCUGGGACCUCUGGCGGCUGGCCCGAGACCACAAUGCGCUCCUCGGCGACGCAGAGGGAGAUCACCGCCGCAACGCCAUCGCAACCCACAAAGAGCCUAGGGAGAAUAGCCCCCACCCCGACACCGCUAACCCGCCAGGCAAGCAUUACCCCACCCUCCUAUGGAAAGUAACAGGGACAUAA